AUGUCUCUAUCUCUAUCUCUAUCCCCAUCGCCAACCCAAAUCCAAACCUAUCGCACGCCGGUCGUGCCACAUUCGCCCACCACCAUCACCAUCACCACCGCCUCCACUGCCCCAUGGCCCCAGACCGACCACCAGAUAGCGCUCGACUCCCUCACAGCCACGCUCGCUGCGUUCAAGCUACGCGUCCUCGCCUCCCCGACGAGCAAGCCAGCCCCAUCAGAGCCAGACGCUAACUCCCAGCAGUCCCGAACAUCGUCCCUCUGCUCGAGCGAAGAGAAGAUUCGAAUGCAGUCUUUAUCCCUGCUGAUCCCACUGCCCCUCGCGAUCCGCAAGAUAAAGCUUGCUGCACCGCCGUCGCCGCCGAAGCGGCCGACGGUGGUGCAGUCGCUGGGUAGGAGGCAUUGCUCGUACGAGGCGCUGGUGAAAGUGUGCUCGAUUCCUGAUUUCAAUUCUGAUUCUGAUUCUGAUUCUAAUUAUGAUAAGGGUUCUGAUUCUGGUUCUAGGAACGAAGAGAGGGGGGAAGGGGUCGAUUUCCGAUGCCGCGCAGAGCCGUUCCUCGCGUACGACUCCUUGUACGACCCUGCGCUGGUCUUUGACGAGGUGGACUGGACGCCGAGGACGACGAGGAGCGAGACGAGUGGUUGGAUGAGUCCUUCGUUCGUGGGGGAGAGCGAGGGGAAUGUCUGGGAUAGGAAUUGGGGGGAGGAUGAUUCUGACGAGGAGGAGGAGAACUUGAGACCGAUGCCCUUGCGCUUGGGGAUGGGCUUGAAAUCGAGGCUUAGGAUGCUUGAGAGAGAUAGUGAGAGUGAGUACUCAAAUUCGCGGCCGGGGACGCCGGCGAAUGUGGAGAGGAAGAUGAGUGUGGAGAGUAGCCUGAACCCGUGGGCGAGGGACGGACGGAAAAGUAUCGCGCGGGAUUUGGCGAAUGUGGUGAUGGAUUUUGAGAAUACCUCCGCAUGCGUCGAGAUCUUCGCUUCACUGGAUGUUGAAGCCCUCGUCGCUGAUCCCGAGUGGGAGUUUGAAGACCACGAUGCCCUGCGAGGCGCCACGGCGAUGGAUCUCAGACGGCAUGCCCCGAGGCGGAGUUGCUGGUGUCAUUGGUGCGAGUUGGAUCGGAGCUCUGUCCCGGGGGCAAGGGGGAUACACGAUGCGACCAAGUGGUGCGGGUGCAAUACGUGCUUGGAUUUUCUCUCCGUGGAGAUGGAAGCUGUUGAGAAGGUGGGUAGUGCCGAGUGGUACGGCUCGCUGCUGCAGCAGAUUCAAGAGCAGGAAAGAUGGGCUGUGAAGGAGGAGAAGGAUUUCGGGAUAGCGACUGAGACUGAGACUGACGCUGGCGUCGAGCAGAGAAAGGGGGAAUCGUGGGGGACGAUGAUCUCGAGGGCGUUGCGGUCCGAGUGA